AUCAUCCCUUUCCUUUUUGCUCCUCUCUUCCAACUACUUUCCUUCUUCGCUUGAGAAUCAGAGGCCACUGCGUCCAUGGACAAGAAGAAGAAACAGUUACCCAGUUGUUCUUCCCCCAUGAAGUUGGACCAUCUUUUUGGUCCCAAGGACUCCACCUCCGCCGCCGUCUUUAGCUCCAUUUUCCCCCCUUCAUCCGCCGUCGGGGGGAGAGAUUCGAGAAUGCAAGACGCCGCAUGCAAAAACAACGGAACGCAGGGGAAUCAGAGCAGGGGAGGUGAAAGCAACAGGAGCACGAGUAACAAGAAUACGGGCGGCAAUUAUCAGAACGAGACAGUGGAACCCAGCUACUAUAGCUCUUCCAUCUACUAUGGCGGCCAAGAAAAUUAUUGUCAGAGAGCCCGUACCACUGACUCCCAUCCUGUUUUCAAGAAGGAUAGGGAUGAUGAUGAUCCCGACGGAAACAGUCCACCCAGCGCUUCGAGAGGGAACUGGUGGCAAGGUAGGCCAAAAAUUCACCGUAGCGAGUGAUCAGUCCAGCAUGGUUUGCUCACUUUUAUUGAUCCUUUGCAGGUUCCCUUUAUUAUUGACCUCGCUCCGCCAUAACAUCUCCGGUUGUGGAUCAGGUAAAGUAUUUUUACUUCCUUGUGUCUCACUCUUCUCCUUCUCCUCGAUCGGCUACAUACAUCGGAUUGAGCAGCGGCAAUAAUAUAUCUUAGCCAUGUUAUUCAGAGGAGUUAAUUAAAGGGAACUUGAAGCAUAGAAAUUUAAGUAACAUGUUGAGGAACUAGUUAGAGGAUAGGGAGCAGAGUUUGGUGGGAAUGUAGGGGUAAAGGGAAGCAUGGAUGUGUAUUUGGUUUGAGAAAUGAGAAUGGAAUUUGUGGACAAAUUUUGCAGGAUGGAAAGAGAACACAGUGGAGAAUGGAGAAGUAGUUUUUGGCGUAGUGUGCCUUUUGGUGGUGUGUCAUAAUAUCGUGGAAGCCUGCCUCCUCGCUUUUGUAAGCUACAAAGUCAAUAAAAGUCUCAUUCUCUUCUCCCUGUUUUUGCACUCAAUUAUUUCCCUCGUCCUUGCCGUUCGCUUACUCAAAUUCAUUCAUGUGAUCAC